CUUCCUGUGGGCAAGGCCGACAGCGCAGCCGAGCGCCGGCCGAGGCCCGGCCCGGCCGCCCCCGCUCCGCUCGCCCAUGGCGGAGACCAAGAUCAUCUACCACAUCGACGAGGAGGAGACGCCGUACCUGGUGAAGCUGCCCGUGCCGCCGGAGAAAGUCACGCUGGCCGAUUUCAAAAAUGUCCUCAGCAACCGGCCCGUGCACAGCUACAAGUUCUUCUUCAAGUCCAUGGACCAGGAUUUCGGGGCUCGCGGCAUCCCCGGGGCACCUGCCGGGCUCGGCCCGGCCCGGCCCCGCUCGGCACCGGCAGCGCCGCGAACAUGGCGGGCGCGCCGGGCCGCGGGCUCGGGGCUGCCGCGAUCGCGGCCCGCCGUGCCCCGGGACCCCCCCCGUGCCCCCGGCAGGAGCGGCCCGGGCCCGCCCGGAGCCGCCGCGGUGCCCCCGGGCCCGGGCCGGAGCGGCGGGGACGGGCGGCCGCAGCUGUCACCGCGCCCGGGAGGCCGCGGAGCGCCCGGGCAGGGCGGGCGGGCCCGCGGGGAGCUGGGGCGAGCAGAGCGGGGACAGCGGUGCCACCGCCGCUGUCACAGCUCGGUGGUCCGGCGGGUGUCACAUCCUCGGGGUCGGACGGGUGACAGGCGGUCCCGGUUGAACGGGUGUGAAAUGGAAAUUCUUUCAGGGAAUAAACACAACUCCUCUUCUCAAACUUCUCUGUGGCUCACAGAAUUCACUGUAAACCCUCUCCCACACCUCCUGCUGUGGUGCCACAACCCCCUGGGCUGUAACCCUCCUCUCUUGUGCCCUGCAGCCCCCAGGAUCAACGGGCACCCCAAGCUGGAGCGGCACCGGGAGCACCCCCCUGGCUACGACAGCUCCUCCACCAUGCUGAGCAGCGAGCUGGAGUCCAGCAGCUUCAUCGACUCUGAGGAUGAUGACAACACCAGCAGGUUGAGCAGCUCCACGGAGCAGAGCACCUCGUCCCGCCUCAUCCGCAAGCACAAGCGCCGGAGGAGGAAACAGAGGAUGAGGCAGAUCGACAGGUCGUCCUCGUUCAGCAGCAUCACUGACUCCACCAUGUCCCUAAACAUCAUCACUGUCACACUCAACAUGGAAAAGUACAACUUCCUGGGAAUCAGCAUUGUGGGGCAGAGCAAUGACCGGGGCGAUGGUGGCAUCUACAUCGGCUCCAUCAUGAAGGGAGGAGCGGUGGCGGCGGACGGGCGCAUCGAGCCAGGGGACAUGCUGCUACAGGUGAACGAUGUCAAUUUUGAGAACAUGAGCAAUGACGACGCCGUUCGGGUUCUGCGGGAAAUCGUCUCCAAACCAGGACCCAUCAGCCUAACAGUAGCCAAAUGCUGGGACCCCACUCCCAGGAGUUAUUUCACCAUCCCCAGGGCUGAGCCGGUGCGGCCGAUCGACCCCGCGGCGUGGAUCUCUCAUACCACGGCCAUGACGGGAGCGUACCCCCGUUACGGUAUGAGCCCCUCCAUGAGCAUCACCACAUCUACCAGCUCCUCACUAACAAGCUCAAUUCCCGAGUCGGAAAAGCUGGAGGAGUCUCCCCUGACUGUCAAGAGUGACAUGGCCACCAUUGUCAAGGUCAUGCAGCUGCCAGACUCAGGCCUGGAGAUCCGGGACAGGAUGUGGUUAAAGAUCACCAUCGCCAACGCCGUCAUAGGAGCAGAUGUGGUGGACUGGCUUUACACACACGUGGAAGGCUUCAAGGACCGGCGGGAGGCGCGGAAGUACGCCAGCUCCAUGCUGAAACACGGCUACCUCAGGCACACUGUGAACAAAAUCACCUUCUCCGAGCAGUGCUACUACGUCUUCGGGGACCUCUGUGGCAAUCUGGCUGCACUGAACCUCAACAACGGUUCCAGCGGCGCCUCGGACCAGGACACGCUGGCACCCCUGCCCCACCCUGCUGCCCCCUGGCCCUUGGGCCAAGGCUAUCCCUACCAGUACCCUCUGCCCCCUCCUUGUUUCCCACCAGCCUACCAAGAGCCAGGCUUCAGCUAUGGCAGUGGCAGUGCAGGCAGCCAGCAGAGUGAAGGGAGCAAAAGCAGCGGCUCCAACCGGAGCACCAGCGAGAGCAGCAGGAGGAAGAAGGAGCGCAGCAAGUCCGGCGGCAGCGGCAGCGAGUCGGAACCGGGCGCACGCCGCGAGCGCCCGCUCAGCCAGCUCAGCCAACGCUCCGCCAGCGACAGGAGCCACCAGAGCCACCAGAGCCACCACUCUUACGGCCCACCGGGUGUGCCACCCUUGUACAGCCUGCCCAAGCUGGGCUCCAAGGGGCUGGGCAGCAGCGGGCCGCCCGGAGCGCCGCCGGUGCGCGAGUUGAGCGCCGUGCCGCCCGAGCUGACCGGGAGCCGCCAGUCCUUCCAGAAGGCCAUGGGCAACCCUUGCGAGUUCUUCGUGGACAUCAUGUGAGAGGAAGUGCCUUCAAAAGACUCUGCACAGGGUGGGGGGUUUGGGUUUUUUUGGGUUUUUUUUUUUUUUGGGGGGGGUGGGAUGCUCGGUUGGAAGAGGCUUGGCUGUUUUGCAUGUCGCACCUUCCUGUUGGCGAGUGUGUCGCGGAAAAGGAAAAAGAAAAAAAAUCGACAAAACUGAACAAAAAAAAAGAAAAAAAAAUACAAACAACCUUCCCCUCAAGCUACGAAAAUGAACAGAAUCUCCUGGGGUUGUUAAAUAUCAGCAAAUGGACGGCAUCUGUUUGUUCUGUUGGAUUUUUCUCCCCCAUCUGGUCCAUCUGGAGUUGGAUUGUGACUGCCUGGUGGAUGUUCACAUCUUCAGGAGCUUUGGUCCUUGUGGCACCUCCUUCAGUGCAAUCAGUGGCUCUCUCUGGCCUGACUGCAGCACUGGCAUUUCACAUGACUUCUAAAUUCCUGACAAUGCAUAGGAGCACUUUGAUUUGAUUUUUAUUUUAUUUUUUUUUUCCCUGCUUUUUCUCUUGCAAGGACAAAAGGAUUGCUGGCUGGGAUCUGGGAUCCUGCCUUGGAAUGCUGGUUCUUGGGUCAUCCAUAGCUCUGAGCAGACCUGGCACCCACAAGUGCUUGGAAAGGAGCAGGAUCCAACCAAUUCCUAGAGGAAAACAAACUUGUGGCUACUUGCUGCUGACUGGGCAGUAUAAAUCAAUCUUUCUUGGGUUCUUUGAGGGGUUUUUUUUUUAAAGAUGUUCUAUCAAGGGAGUGCUGGAGUCUUGCUACUGUA